GCCAAUUUAUGAAAGAUGUUGAUAAAUAAUGUUUUUCUAAUUCUUACCUUUUUUUUCUAUUUUAUUUAUGUUUUCCAGGUCCUUGCAGGGGACAAUAUAACUGUUAAUUGUGUUCAAGGACACCCUGGUGCCCCAGUACUGGCUUCUAGUGGUAUAGAAGCUAUUAUUAGACUCUGGCAUCCGCUACCAGAGAACAGCACCAAAGAAUCUAGAAACAUUCAGGAGAUGGAGAAGGUGGUUCGGGAAAAUCAGAAUAGGAUGGCACUAGAUCCGUUCGAGUUCUUUAUGAGGACUGCUGAAAUAAGAGGAGAGGAUGAAAUGCAGUGCAGAACAAGUUGAAAUUCUGCUACUCAUCUUCCUGACUGAGCAUCACAAUUUAUGCUAAUUUUGCAUUUUUUACUUCUGUAUUUACUUCUCAUUUUUCAUGUCAAAUUAUCCAAUGCCAAAAUUGAAAAUUAUUAUUCACAUUACUAAGAAGAACUUACUAAAACGUACACAAGAUGUUAAAACCUGUGCUUGUCAAUCACAAGUUCGUAUUUAGAAUUUAUUCAGGAAAUUAUAAAGUCUGUGAUCAUAAUUCCAUGCAAAUCUAUAUUUUUUUCACAUUUUGCCAGAAAAAGUGUUGUUA